CUCCCUUGGGCCGAGCGUCGUACCAUCAGAUAUUGGGGGUCAACACAAUCAAAAACAAACCCAAAAAUGGCGGGUAACGACCUGUUCAGGAUUAUGCCGAUUCGUCUGCUAGGCUACGGUUUCCCCGUGGGUGACGUGUUUGGUGAAAGGUAUCGCGACAUGAACACCAGGCCUUUCUACCUGGUCGGUGGGUGCUACAUCUGGGCCCACUGCUUCCAUCGGGCGUUUAGGGCGUACACCAUCUCAGACAACCGCUUCAUCACAGCCAGCCUGCCCUCACACGAGACCAAUGCUGUCAUCGCUUUCUUCGACACCUUCAUCUUCGAGACGCUGGCGUCGUACCUUAUACCAACCUUGACCUCAACCUGUGUUUACUGGCUCGUGGACUACCUACAGGGUCCCAAGAGAGAGGGCGACAGCCGUGCCCGCUGGCCGCUCCCCUUCAUCUUCGCCCUGUUCACCAUCAUCUGGUUCAGCGGCUCAGUGGACCGUGGCGUGGGCCACGUCAUGAAUGACCUCAUCAGGCCUCUCUACUCCGCCAGAGUAGAUGUUUUGAGCAGCCUCUAAAGUUCUAAUAUUUUAACUCUGCAUAGUGUCACCCUCCCCGCCCGCCAUUGUCAUCGGCGAACAAUAUUUUCUCCACCCCGCCCCAUCACGACAUCAGAAAUGUACACCAUCUGGCUGCUAAAACAAUAUAUGCCAUCAUUGAAGCAACGUCAUUGUAUGAAUUUAAACACAGGUCUUAGUAUAAGUUUAAACACGCCAAUGUCGCCAGUCAACAUCCGUCAAUAACAUGCACGUCAAUGAACUAACUAUAAUUUAAUAUAAAUAUUUCAAGAUUAAAAUACGUUAAUGUUAAAACAAAAGGCACCUGGUGAAAUUGGUAACAAUUACCUCCAUCUAGUCAGUAUAUUCUCCACACUUGCUUCCAGAAGGUCGAGCUCGGUUUGGAAAUGUCUGUUUUCUUUGUCUGUCACACAAUAAA